GCGGAGCGGCCGGCUCGCCACUCGGCGUUCAUCAUGUCGGGGAGGGCGACUGCUCUGUUGCUCACCUGUGCGUUCUGUGUUGGGGUGUUGGAGGCUCUGGAUUUCAGGCAUCACCGCUAUGAAGACAUGGUGAGGGCCAUGGUCAACGUGCACAACGAGUGCCCGUACAUCACCCGCAUGUACAGUAUCGGGCACAGCGUGGAUGGGCGACACCUGUACGUACUGGAGUUCAGCGACAACCCGGGGAUCCACGAGCUGAUGGAACCUGAGUUCAAGUAUGUGGCUAACAUGCACGGAAAUGAAGUUCUUGGCCGAGAGCUUCUUAUUCAGCUUUCUCAAUUUUUGUGUGAAGAAUACAGAGCUGGCAAUCAUAGAAUUAUUCAACUUAUUGAAAAUACUCGAAUUCAUAUUCUGCCUUCCAUGAACCCUGAUGGAUAUGAGGUUGCAGCAAAUCAGGGUCCUGAAGCAAAUGGCUACCUCACAGGCAGGUCAAACUCCAGAGAUAUUGAUUUAAAUCGAAACUUUCCUGACCUCAACUCCUUGAUGUAUUACAAUGAAAAAAGUGGCCACCAAAACCAUCACCUACCAUUGCCUGAUAACUGGCAACAGCAGGUUGAGCCAGAAACCCUCUUCGUAAUCAGGUGGAUGAAAAAUUACAAUUUUGUUUUGUCAGCAAACUUGCACGGUGGAGCUGUGGUAGCAAAUUAUCCAUUUGAUAAGUUAAGGGACUCUAGAGUAAGAGGUGUUCAUAAAACAAGAUAUUCAGCUACUCCAGAUGAUCUGCUAUUUAAACAGCUGGCAAGGACUUACUCAUAUGCUCAUGGUUGGAUGCACUUAGGCUGGAACUGUGGAGAUUAUUUUGAGGAUGGUAUCACAAACGGGGCUAGCUGGUACUCUCUUUCUCGAGGCAUGCAGGAUUUUAACUAUCUCCAUACCAAUUGUUUUGACAUCACCCUGGAGCUGAGCUGCAACAAGUUUCCCCCAGAGCAGGACCUAGAGAGAGAGUGGCUGGGGAACAGGGAAGCACUUGUCUCAUAUAUAGAACAGGUCCAUCAAGGUAUUAAGGGAAUGGUGUAUGACGAAAACAACAAUGGCAUUAGGGAUGCUACUAUCAUAGUGGAUGGAAUUAACCAUGACAUCACAUCAGGUGCUGCUGGAGAUUACUUCCGUCUUGUUUUGCCAGGAACCUACACAGUAACAGCAAAGGCAAAAGGGUACAAGUCUCAGACCAACACUGUAACAGUGGGCCCAGCUGAAGCCACAGAACUACACUUUUAUCUAAAAACUGACACCAACGAAAAGGAAAGAGCUCCAGGGAAGAACAAAAACGUACUUGGCAAAAUUUUUCCAGGAAGAGGAGGCCCCAGAUGAGAAGAAAGGAAGAUGACUGAAACGUUACAGAGUGAGCGACUUUGCUUUACUGUGCAGUAAUGGUCAGAUAAGGACAAUGGACCAAAGCAUUUGAAGCCUUUAAAGUUGUUUCAGAAUUAUUUAUCUUUUUAAAAACACAGUGAGAAAAAGUGUAAGAAUUAAUUAUUUUAUUAAAUAUGUUCUAUUUAUAUGCAACACACAAACAGUAUGUAUUUACGCAAAAAACGAACACAAAAAACUGCACAAAACUACAGUGUAAACUCAGGUCAGUAUAACAAAUUGUAUAGUUUCUUUAUCAUAAAUGAAGUGGUCAUUAGAAACCAAUCUAAGUUAAAGUUAUCAUUAAGUAUUUUGUAGAGUUUUAACCUACAGAAAGAAAUAAACUGUAGACACCUUUAAGAAAUAUGUACUGUAUAUGAUAUGUUUGAUUGGCAGAAUAUUUUAAAUUUGUUUUAUUUCAAAAGCUUCAUUAGAUUUCAUGUAUAUUUACAUUUGAAAUUGAACCUUUACUAAUUUUAAAGUCAUGUUGUAUGUGAUUUGUUAUUCAAGAUCACCUUACUGAAUUAAUAAUCAAUCAGCCUAAAUAAAAUUUCUGUUACAGAUUUUUAGUAAAAACCAAGUGAAGUUUUGAGUGUUCUAAUAUAAAAAUGCUUUAUAAUAAUUGUACUAUUUUUUAAAAUGUAUUUAAAUUCAGAUCAGUGUUUCUUUUAUUCUUUCAAGUUAAAGGCUCUUCCUGUGUAAAAAUUAGUUAUUCAAAAGAUUAGGCACAGAAAAGAUAUAUAUAUUUACAUUCUCAUAAAUAAAAUGUAGUAGUAAUAUUUAAUGAAAGUCAAAUUAGCUGCAUUUGCAAAAUGAACAGGUAGUAGGUCAUAUCCAAUACCUUCACGCCUGGUUACCUAAUAAGACUCAAACAUUUCAUGGUUUUGGAUUACAUCAGCCUGAUUUAUUUUUAACUAGUUAGGUUUGGCUUAUUCUAUGAGGCACACCUCUGUACCAAGCAGAAUGAAUCUCCCAAGGGCAAGACUGAAUCUUUGCAGAAUGAAGUAGAAUUUAAUUCUGCACAAGUGAGAACCACAAAACCCAGGUUUUCCUAGAGGCAUGUGUUUUGAGGCGUAUUUUUGAUUGCAUUUUACACCAACAUGCCUGAGCAGCAGAUAUUGGAACAGUCAAAUGUCCACAUUACAUUUACUGUUUUAUCCAAGGCAAUUUUUGAGACACAUUUGGUUGCAUUCCUUUUUUUGUUUUUCCAAUUGGAGCACAGGCAGAUGAAAUGACUUGAUCAUGGUCACACAGCAUUAGUAGCAGGAUUUGAACCCACAGCCUCAGGGUAUGAAGACCAAAACCAUAACCAUUACACUACACCACACUGUCUUAAAAAGGAUUAUUAAAAUCAAACAUCAUGCCUGCAUUAUGUCAUAUUUUAAAUGUGCUAGAUAUAGAUCCCAGACCCCCGUGACCCUGUAGUUAGGAUAUAGCGGGUUGGAUAAUGGAUGGAUGGAUAGCUAUAGAUCCCGAUAUAGAUACUGUGGUUAUAAUGUAUAUGGUAGGAUUUAUCAUGGAUGCUGAAUGUGAUGACCUCUUUUUUGUAGCCAACAUUUACAGUAUUUCUUUAGUACACUUUCAUACAAGUCAUAUAGUGCUUUAUAAAAUAGCAAAGAAAAAACAUCAAGAAACAAAUUGCAAGAAAAAAGAAAAAUAACAAAUUAGAAAUAAAGAAGUAUAUGAAUUAAUAAAUGAAAUUCCAAAAAUGGUAAAUAAGAAUAAAUCAAUAUGUGCUUAAAUAAUACAGAUAUAUUGUACAAGAAAUAGAUUAAGCAUAGUCCUUAAUUUUGGAUUUUUUUAAGUCUUUCAUAAUUAUAAGUCUGAUGCUAUGGUCAUAUAGCCAGGAUGGACAGAAAAAAAUAAAUUCCAGGUGAUGAGAUACUGGAGAAAAAAAAUCAUUUGUAAUUUUAGAAAAAAAGGACUGUCUCUCAAUAUAGACUGCUGCAUUGAAAUCAACUAUUUAAGUCUUCAGUAUUUCAUAAUGGGCUGUUAAUUUAGUUUUCCUCCAUUUAUGUUCAGCCUUCUGACUGUCUCACCUAAGUUCAGGCACUAUGUUUUAACAGUGGAAGAGUUCUUUUUUCCCAGAGGCUACUAUGUGACUUGUAUCUGUCACAUUAGCAUUAAAAAGUUUUCCACCUUACUAUUUACAAUGCUAGCUGACAAGCACUACAUUUGAACUGAUUAUUCAGAUUAUUAGGAAACCUACACAAAUUUAACAGUAUGCUCCUCUUUAGUUCUCAUCACAAGUAUUUAUAUGUCAAGUAAAAUGCAGAAAUUGUCAGAUAUACUAAUAUCCAUGACUUGCCUCAAGUCAAUUUUUAAUCCUUUUGAGACUACUAAAUCCAGCAUGUGUCCUCCCUUAUGUGUAGGCUUGUUGACGUGCUGAAUAAGAUUUAAAGAGUACAGUAAGCUGAUCAGUUCUCUUGCUUUGGGGAUUCACUGAUUAUCUACAUGAAAAUUGAAAUUGCUUACUAUUAAGAAGCUAUCAUAAUUGGUGAUCAUUAUAAAUAAUAAGUUUGAGAAUUCCUUAAUAAAAGAUUCAUUAUGUUUUAGAGGUCAAUAAAUAGUAAGUUUUAGAUACUGUGAUACUCCUUGAAUAACUACAGUAGAAAACAUGAAACAUACAAAAGUACCCAGAACUGGUAUCUUUACAGUUUAAAUGGCUCUGGAAAAUACUUACUAAACCUCGCUAGCCGAGUUUGGAGGUGCUGCUUUAAUUAGCACUAUAGUGCCAUCAAUGUAAGCCAUGUUUCACUCGCUGUUAGAAAGUAUAUUUUCCUGUCACUGAUAAGAUCAUUAAUGUAAAGUGUUUUACUGGUUAAUGCCCUGAUAUUAAGUGGGUCCAUGAGGGUCAUGCAUCAAAAUUUUAUUGUAGCUUGAGAUGACUGUGCUUGUAGUCAUCCAUAAUGACUUUUACCAUCAUUCAUUUAUUAGUCUCAAAGGCAUUUGCUGAACAAACAAUGGCUAUUGUAAAUGUAAGCAUAUUGGGCAAAAGUCGUGUGCACUAUGUUAUUAUAGUGACAAGUGACAAACAGCUGAUUUUUGUUUACAGUAAUCCCUCGCUAUAUCGCGCUUCGCCUUUCGCGGCUUCACUCCAUCGCGGAUUUUAUAUGUAAGCAUAUUUAAAUAUAUAUCGCGGAUUUUUCGCUGCUUCGCGGGUUUCUGCGGACAAUGGGUCUUUUAAUUUCUGAUACAUGCUUCCUCAGUUGGUUUGCCCAGUUGAUUUCAUACAAGGGACGCUAUUGGCAGAUGGCUGAGAAGCUAGAUUGCUUACUUUUCUCUCUCUCUUGCGCUGACUAUCUGUGAUCCUGACGUAUGGGGAUUGAGCAGGGGGGCUGUUCGCACACCUAGACGAUACGGACGCUAGUCUAAAAAUGCUGAAAGAUUAUCUUCACGUUGCUAUCUUUUGUGCAGCUGCAGCUGCUUCCUGAAACGACAUGCUGAACGGUGCUUCGCAUACUUAAAAGCACGAAGGGCACGUAUUGAUUUUUUUAUCUGUCUCUCUCUAUCUCUCUCUCUCUGCUCCUGACGGAGGGGGUGUGAGCUGCCUCCUUCAACAGCUUUGUGCUGUGGUGCUUCGCAUACUUAAAAGCCAAACAGCACUAUUGAUUUGUUUGCUCCUUUGAAGAGGAAGAUAUGUUUGCAUUCUUUUAAUUGUGAGACUGAACUGUCAUCUCUGUCUUGUCAUGGAGCACAGUUUAAACUUUUGAAAAAGAGACACGUUUGUUUGCAGUGUUUGAAUAACGUUCCUGUCUCUCUACAACCUCCUGUGUUUCUGCGCAAAUCUGUGACCCAAGCAUGACAAUAUAAAAAUAACCAUAUAAACAUAUGGUUUCUACUUCGCGGAUUUUCUUAUUUCGCGGGUGGCUCUGGAACGCAACCCCCGCGAUGGAGGAGGGAUUACUGUACACAUACCUAGCUCCGAUUUCAGCGUAAUUUGUGACCAGAACCACCUUCUUUGAUAGCUCAGCUACACUGUACAAAUUCUAUUCAUAAUGUAUGGAAGUGGGGUUUUAAUUUCUAUUCACUGGUUCUUGAUGCAGAACUCUGGACACUUUCUUUUGGAAUUAGGAAGCCAUUAGUGUACAUGUGACACCAAACAUGCUUUCCUCUCUAUUUAUACCUGCAUAGCACUCUUUCACUCGUGUGAAAUGGAAUGCUCAACUCAAUAUUUUGUACAUUGUUUUUCUCCCUAGUGACGUAUGUAACGGCAUACCUGCACAUUAAGUAAUAGAGCUUCUUACCAGACUUGUAACAGAGAAUUACAAAUAUUUUUAACUUUCAUACUUAACUCAUAUUCAGGUUUAAAUGGAAAUGUGACCUCUAAAAGACAGCAUAUAUUGGGAACUGAAAAUAUUUGAUUUAUAUAAAAUUUUCUACUAAACUUGGUAGAAUUAAGGUAAAUGGAAUAAACUGCAAAAUAAAAAAGUGUGCUUCAUGAAACCAUAUUCUAAAUACAACCGUUUUAAGAGUAAUAGAAAUUCAUUUUGUGAAAAAUUUCUCAGAAAAUAAAGUGGUCAUAGUUGUUCAAAAUACAGAGUCACCUUUUUGAGAAAAAGUUGUGUCUCUUAAUGAAUUGUUUGCUUCUUCAGCAGCAGCAGUAGUUGUAGUAGUAUUAGGUAAGCAUACUCUGGCUCCAUGAUAAAUGAGAAUGUAUUAAAAUAAAGAACAAUUACCUGGAAGACUGUGGAGCAAAACCUGCUCUAUGUUGAUCUUCCAGCUGAAGGCACGUUUAUCCGUUAGAUGUGUACACAGUUGCACUUUUAUGCAGAGCCUAUUUCCCAAUGUUUUUCAUUUAGAUCUUUUUAAAGUGGAGUGUUAACAUUUACAGAUACGCAUCUUCAAAAGAUUUUGUAUUUUUAAUCAGAUGGGUGAGGUCAGACUGAGGUGGUGGGGGGGGGGAUUCAUGUUCUGCUGAAUUUUCAGUUAAAGAUGUUUUAUCAAAGUUAGUUACUUUCAGUUUCUUAUCCGUGCAGACCUUUACUUCACUUAUGAAACUGUAGAAUUCUGUACUUCAUUUUAUUAACUGAUGGUGCAUACAGCAGCUCAGUCCAUAAUGGAAAGUGAGGUGACAAGACCUAGGGUUGACUCUCCACCGGCCUAGUUAUAUGUUCAGUGUACACGUGUUCCAACUGAACUGCACUGAUAAGGUUUCUUCAAACUAACACUUGAACUAGAAAUGCAACUUGUUAAUCCAAGUGCAUCUUACAUUACACACUUAUGGCUAUGUCAACACUACUACAUAUGAAUUUUAAAAAGUCAUUCUUAAAAAUGAUCUCCAUCCACACUAGCAUUUUCUUAAUCGUUCAUGAAAGCAUCUAUGCCCACACUAAAAUUACCGAAAAUACUUAUGACGCCUCCAUUUGCAUGCACACGUUGGUGGAAACAGGAAGGGGAAGUGUAUUUCACGCUAGACAUUUAUUUGCAACUUCAUUUUCCACAUGGAGAACUGCAAUGGCAAAUGCAAAAAAAAAACAAAAACCUGUUGUUUGGACUGAGGAUGAGGUGGAAUAGUUAUUUAGAGUACAACAACACAAUUUAUUUCUUGUUUAGCCCAAAAUCACACAAGUAGUGCAGCAGUGGGCUUUAACAGGCGCUGUUUUUUGACAGCCUCCCAGCCUUGACUCACUAAGAAGACAAGAAAAAAAAACUCUCCCAAAAAAGUUCUUUCACUUUGGUUUUAAUGUUUGUUUAUAAUUUUAACAUUAUGACAGCAGUUCUAUAAAGUUUAUUUCUUGUAACCAUUUUGUA